CGCAGUUUCUUCGCGGUGGGUUUUUAUAUAGUUUUACUAGCUUGGGUACCCGGCGUUGCCCGGGUUAUUUGAAAAAGUAAAUGUUUUAAUUGCAUAAGGUUGUGGGCGAACUACAACUCACAUCAUACCAGGUGAACCCCGAGAAAUUACCUCAGUACUUCAAGUUUAUUAUGUUGGGCAAGUUUGCUCUGGAUGCAUCAUGGGUGGGGUUCAGUGUGCUCUCUGGCAGUAGGGUGAACUACAACUCCUACCAUGGUGAGUCAGCCCCCUCAAACCCCUCCAGUAAGUUGAGCUAGUCAUAAUAAUAAUAAUAAUAAAACUUUAUUUAUACCCCGCCACCAUCAUGAGGGUUCUGUGUGCCAAGAUUGGUCCAGAUCCAUAAUUGUUGUAGGUCCCUGGUUGUGGGUGAACUACAACUCCCAGAAAGGAAGGUCAGUUCCCUCCAAACCCCUCCAGCAAUCAAAUCUCGUCAUAUCAGGUAUGUGUGCCACGUUUGGUCCAGAUCCAUCGGUGUUUGGGUUCACAGUGUUAUCUGGAUGUAGGUGAACCACAACUCCCCCCAAUCAAGGUGAAUUUUCCCCAAAGACUGCCAGUAUUUUUUUCUUGUCAUGGGGGCUCUGUGUGCCAAGUUUGGUCCAAUUUCAUCUUCGGUGGAGUUCAGAGUGCUCAUUGAUUGCAGGUGAACUAUACAUCCCAAUACCUACAACUCCCAAAAUGUCCAGGCCAAUUUCCCUCAAAACCCAUCAGUAUUCAAAUUUGGGCAUAUUUAUUUAUUUAUUUACAGCAUUUAUAAUUCCGCCCUUCUCACCCCAAAGGGGACUCAGGGCGGAUCACAUUACACAUAUAGGCAAACAUUCAAUGCCUUUUAACAUAGAACAAAGACAAACAAACAUAGGCUCCGAGCGGGGCUCGAACUCAUGACCUCCUGGUCAGAGUGAUUCAUUGCAGUUAAUUGCAGCUGGCUUGCUCUCCUGCCUGCGCCACAUGCAUGUCAAGUUUGGUCCAUAUCUAUCAUUGUUUGCAUUCAUAGUGUGCUGUGGAUGUAGGUGAACUACAACUCCUAUACAUCCCUCUAAAGAUCUCCAGUAUUUUUUCUUGGUCAUGGAGGUUCUGUGUGCCAAGUUAGUUCCAGGUCCAUCGUUGGUGGGGUUCAGAGUGCUCUUAGAUUACAGGUGAACUAUACAUCCCAGUACCUACAACUAUAAACCAUGGUGAAUUCUCCCCAAACCUCUCUAGUAUGUUCAUUCGCUGAUCAAUUCCUCUGUUUGCUGUGUGCCAUAGGAAAGAAUAGGAAAGGGUUAUGGGAGAGGCAGUGGGCGGGAUCAUGCAAAUUCCACAGCAAUUGAGAGAGUCAGAAACACUGAGAUGUCUGUGGUAGAGGAAAAACAGAAAAUCUAGGAUGAAAUUGUCCCCAUAUGAAAGCCUUAAAUUGGGUGGUGGGCAUUAUGGUGUUUGUAGAGGAAUUAGCAGGCUCUUGGACAUGUUCAUGGCACUCGCUAUAACCUGCAGUGUCAUUGGAGGGAGGGCCGUUAGUGUCUCCUGAGUAGUAGGAGCUAUGGUUAUUUGUGGAAGUGGGAGCUUGUCUGUGGAAGUGGACACCCCAGCAACACACUCACAUACAUACAUAUUUUCACAUUUAUUAUGUGUAUAGAUAUCCCAUCCUCUUCAACUAAUAAAGGUAACAAUAAUAUAAAUGAAAAUAGUAAUAAAUAAAAAUAGUAAAAUAAUAACAUAAUAAUAAAAUAAUAUUAAAUCAAGGCAGCUCAUGUUAUUUUUGUUAGUAUUGUGAAUUUUAACCUGCAUGUUAUUAGUGUUGUUAUAUGCAUUUUGUUUAUUUUAAUAGUGUUGUGUUUUAUUUCCACGUUGCCUCAAGCCACAAGGAGAGACACUUUACAGAAGAUAUGGCAGCGGUUACCCCAAGAAAACGCAAACGGAGUUCUGAUGGCCUGCAGUUAACACAUGGGAAUCCAGUGAAAAAGCUGAUGAUGGAGUUCACCCAAGGGCUGCCUGCAGUGAAGGUGUUUUGGGAUCAGGAUUGUGCAUCUCCAAUAAAGCAAACAUCUGCUUUCCUAGAUAAUGAUAAAGAAAACCACUUCUCGCCGCAAAGGUCAGCUAUAUUACAGAAACUCGACAUUUCCCCCCUGCAGACUGCCAAUGUGCCACAGAGAAGGCAGACAGUUUUCCCACAGAAAACAUCCCCAGAGUCUGGUACUAAAUGUAGUUCUGUUGUUCCUGCUGGUUCCUUUUACAACAAAGGCAAGCAAUUUCUCAACAUUCUAGAGCGGAAGCUGGCAAAUGAAAGCCAACCCCUUGGUCUAGGAAAUGAUAGUGGGGACCUCCCUGUCACCAGCAAAACAGAGACAGCCCAGGUGAAAAUGCCGACAGCUAGGAUGCCCAGUUCAAAAACAUACAAGCGUCCAGCUGCUUCAAAGCAACCCAAGGCGUUGCCCAAAAACACUAAAAAAGCCAAAUUAGAGAUUUCUCAUCCCAAGCCUUUUGAGGGAAAAGAGAAUGCUAACUGUCCUACAGAAAAGAAAAUUGAGGGCUCUUUCAAGGUCUUAAGCAUGAAAUUCAAGCCUACACUGAAACUCCAAACAGGAGCAGCAUUCUUUACCACUGGAAAGAAAGGGAGCUCUGCUUCUAAAAAAGGGCCCUCGUCCCCAUUAUCCUCCCCAUCUGUCAGCAAGGCGGAAGUCAAAGAGAAGCCGGAGAGUCUCCUGAAACAAAGCAAGCUCACCUUGCCCACUAAAAACAAACCAACUGAAGCUGGCAGAAAAGGAAACUGUGCCACAGAAAUUGAAAAAGAGGAGAAACCUAAUCAUGUGGGGAAGGAUGAGGUGCAGGCCCAAAGUACUAGUCAAGAUUUGGAGAAUGUGUCUGAAUCAAGCCUGCUGGAUACUGAGCCCCAGACUCCUCAGUCUGUUGGCUUGAAGGUGCUGGAUCUAAAGGAAAUCGAGGCUACAAAUCAGGACUUGGAAGAAAUGCCAAAACAAUCACCUAUAGCUGUGAACAAGGAUGAGAAUACCUCUUCCACUAAACCUUCUAUUGAGAGUCGCCAAGUGUCAGCGUUGGCGUACAGUGCUCAUCCUUUGUGUAGCACACCCUUCAGCAACAAAAAAAGGUCACGGACUCAUCCUGAUGAGCAGCCAAUACUGGAUGUUGGUCCAGGAGUACAAAACAUCCCUGCUAUACCAAGAACAAGCAAGAAGUCCAAGGAACUGAGUAAAGGUCUAAAGGAUCAGAUGGUCAUUGAUGCUGGUCAAAAACACUUUGGUGCCACCGUCUGCAAAUCAUGUGGUAUGGUGUACUCCGCUGCCAAUCCGGAGGAUGAAGCCCAUCACAUCCAGUAUCACCAGAGGUUACUUGAAGGAAUAAAAUACGUGAACUGGAAGAAUGAACAUGUUGCUGCUGAAUUCUGGGAUGGGAAAAUAGUUUUGAUCAGGCAGAGUGAUCCAAAAUAUGCCACCAAGAAGGCCGAAGAUGUUCGUCAACUGGUAGAUAGCGAACUUGGAUUUAAACAAGUGGUACUGACAUGUCCAACUCAGAUUCAAACAUACCUAUUUGUAUCUAAUGAAAAGAAGAUAAUUGGCUGCUUAAUCGCUGAGCCUGUCAGACGGGCUUUCCGGGUGCUUUCAGAGCCCACAACAGAGCUGGACUCUCCCAAUAAGAGCGGCCUGGAGCCUCAACGUGUUUGGUGCUGUUCAACGGAGCCGGAGAACGUUUUCUGCGGAAUCAGCCGAAUCUGGGUCUUCAGCCUGAUGAGGAGGAAGCGUGUCGCCAGCCGCAUGGUGGAUGUGCUCAGGCGAACGUUCUGCUUUGGCUCUUACCUAAGCACCGAUGAAAUUGCCUUUUCAGAUCCUACACCAGAUGGCAAGGUAUUUGCCAUCAAGUAUUGCCAGACGCCCAACUUUCUUGUGUAUAAUUUCCUCAGUUAAGGCCUUUUACACACUACAAGAGCUUGACCCUCCUCACAGCGAGGGCUUCUCUACUUUUGAAAAAGAUGCCUGUUGCCAUUUUGCUUGUGCUCUGUUCUGCAUUUUAAUAUCAGAACAUAAAUUGUAAGUGGUACUAAUCCAAGGUUGUGUUCUUUAAUUGUUUUAAUACUGGAAGUUAGAACUUCUGAAGUUUAUCUUAAGGGUUUGAUCAUAUGAAAGGUUCUCUAGCUGCGCCUCAUCUUUGUUUCAGCCAUUCUUAAUAUCUGCUGCCACCAGCAAUCUGCUCUUUUGCAUUCAGAUUGCUUGUUGGAUCUAGGCUUAAGAAAAUAACUCUGUUAUACUGAAAAAACUGCUUUGUGGAAAGACAAGGCAGGAUAUGGAGGGUGUUAAUGCUGCUAUGUACUAGUUAACCUUUAAUUUUUUGCACCUGUUCGCACUGGGGCUGGUUCUGUAGCUCUGACGUGUUGGAUGUAAGAUUGUGUCUGCAAACCAGUGCGAUUUUUGCACUAAAUCUUGUUAGACUAAGUCUGGACAAAUAAAUAUUUGUGUGUUUUA